AUGGGAGCCGACUCGACGGACCUCUCACCCCCGCCGCCGGAGCCGACGGCGUCCCCGGAGCCGGAGAUCCUCCUCCGGAAAGACGACCGGGACUGGAAGGCGGACAUGAUGUCGGCGCUGGGGGAGUCGGUCUCCUUCGGCCGCUUCCUCUCCGAGCCGCUCGACUGGGGCAAGUGGUCCGCCUUCCACCACAACCGCUACCUCGAGGAGGCGGCGGGGCAGUCGCGCCCCGGAUCCGUCGCGCGGAAGAAGGCCUUCUUCGAGGACCGCUACGCCAGGAAGCGCAAGAGCGAGGCCGACGCCGACGCCGACGCCGGCGCUGACGAGGACGCGCGUGGUGUCGAUACGGAUGCCGCCGCGUACGGCGGCGGCGGCGGCGGCGGCGGCGGCGCGUGCUGGUCGGCAGGCUCUUCGUGUAUGACGGACGAGCCUGCCGGGGGCGUCGAUUCGUCUCGGGAUUUUGCCGUCAUUGUCGAUGAUGCGCCCGUUGAUGACGCCGAGGAGGAGCUCAAGGCCGUGACCGACGCUGUUGGGUUAGCUUGCGGCUUCGGUAACACGGAUGAGCGGUCACAUCAUGUGCAAGCUGCUGAAGCGGGAAAGGGGUUGCGGUUCGAUGAUGGCGGUAUCGUGGCUGCUGCUGACUCCCUUGAGAAGCAACCGUUACAGGAGAGUUCCAUUGUCAAUCAGGGUAUAACAGAAUCUGUUAAGAAUAAAAGGCUUCCGAUAGCAUCGCUAUUUCAGAAGCGUAUGGAAUUCAGUUCUCCCCCAUCAGAAAAGAAAACACCGUCUUCGUCAGUGAAACGGCGGUCGACACUUUGUUCAGCAAAGGAGAACAGCUCACCAUCUCCUAGCACUGACAGUAACAAGCAGGAAGAAGCUUCAGUUGCUCACAAGAGGUCUACAUUUGGUGCGUUGCAUAUGUCUACAAACUUCAGGAGACGUGAAAUGGGCAAUCCUGCUUCAAGAUCAACAUAUCUUGGCUCAACAAUUGCUUCAAGGAUUAGUCAGUUGGACUCUGCAAGCAGGCCGGUGAAAGAUACUCAUCCUAAAGUGAACCAAUUUAGGCAAACAAAAAAGGGAUUUUUCAAAGGUAUGCCAGAAAUAGCUUCAAGAACAUCUCCGCAACAUGAACAGAGGUCUUCACAUGUCAGUGUGGCGAGGGUCAAAGAAAAGUUGUUCGGUUCAACUGCGUCACUGGUGCAUCCCAAAACAAAUAUAGCUAAAGAAAAUAUGGUAAACGCCAACAACGAAUCUGAGUUGAAAGAAAUGAGUCCGAGCAUUCGUUUCAAAGCCAGGCAACCGCCAAAUUUCUAUUGGAAAAAUAAAGAACCGAAAGAUUCAAGUCAGCAGAGUGCCCAAGAGACUCCAGAUCUGCCAAACAACGAUCAUCAACUGAAUGAUGCUAGUAAGCCACAUGUAAUGAGCAGAGGAGCCCCGAAGGACAAACAGACAUGCUGUUUCCCACUUCGAAGGUUGUGUUAAGGCUUGUUGGGCUUCUAGUAAAUUUUAGCUUAUUCUUUUAGUUUAGUUAUUUGGUGUUGUGUUAUGUACAUAGGUUCUAAUCGGUAGUUAUGCUAUCAUCUGAUGUUAUACUCAGAUUCCUUGUUGUAGCCAUUACUAGCAUUUCUUGUUUGGAAGACAAAAUGCAUGAGUUGCAGAGCACUACUACAUUUUCUAUUGGACAAAUCGAUGGUGAAGAAAUUGGCCGUA